CUUCUGCGAUUCUGAGAGAAAUAAACCCUUCUUCAACCCCACUCUCUUAUCGUUUCUGUAAAACACAGCACAGAGCAGAAAUGUUGAUCCAACGUUCUAUACUCGCCCGAGCUCUACACCACCGUCUCCGUUACUUUUCCCAGUCUGCCGCCGCGGUCGCCGUCCCGCCGGAUUCCCCUGCCCCGGAGCCCCCGUCUCUGACAUACCUCGACGGGUUCCCACGACCCGACCCGAAGUACGCCGAGACUAUCCACGCAAUCCCGCGAGCAAUCUCCGGCAAGAACAUCUCCUCCAAGGAGAGAAAAGCCGGCCGAGUUCCCAGCAUAGUCUUCGAGCAAGAGGAUGGCCAGCACGGCGGCAACAAGCGCCUCAUUUCCGUGCAGACCAAUCAGAUCAGGAAGCUCGUUACCCAUUUGGGCCGAACGUAUUUUCUUUCCAGACUGUUUGAUCUUGAGCUCCGACCCAAUUUUGAUUCCGAGGAGAUCGUCGAGAAAGUUAGAGUCUUGCCUAGACAGAUUCAUUUGCAUGCAGGCACUGAUGCUCUACUUAAUGUUACCUUCAUAAGAGCUCCAUCAAGUGCUCUACUAAAGGUUGACAUUCCAGUUGUCUUCAGAGGCGAUGAUGUCUCCCCCGGGUUGAAAAAAGGGUCUUAUCUGAAUAUUAUCAAGAAAACGGUCAAAUUCCUCUGCCCGGCUGAUAUCAUUCCUCCUUACAUUGACGUGGAUCUAAGCGAGCUGGAUGUUGGGCAGAAGAUACUAAUGGGGGAUCUCAAGGUUCAUCCAGCUCUGAAGCUCAUCCAACCGAAAGACCAUCCCGUUUGCAAGAUUAUGGGAGCAAGGGUUUCCGACCAAAGGAAAUCGAAAUAAAUUCCUUCUAAUUUUGUUCGACUAUUGUGAAAAUUUUGGAAAGCCUAGCAUUAGGGAAUCCAGACUAGCCUAAGGUCUGCUUUGGAUGAUGUAGUUUGUUCCCUGGUCACAUUGAUUUGUGCUUUUAUCUCUAAUUUGUUGCUUACACUGAAGAAAGGGUUCUCCCAGAAUAUGCAGUGAUACUCAAUACAUGAAGAAAUAUUCCAUUUUUAUGCAGGCCGUGUUCAUUGAUGUGAAA